AAAACCCUAAACCCCAAAUCUCAAACCAAAAUCUCAAUCUCUCCAAAUGGCUCCUCCUAGUCUUCUUGGCCCUCCACAGGUCACUAAUCCCGUCCCAUCGCCCCAACCCGACUCCACCGCAAGACCUCCGAUGGGCUUGACCGAGAAUUGCUCCCCAACCUUCUUAACCUCCGGCAACCCCUGCCUUGAUCUCUUCUUCAAAGUCGUACCGGACACUCCGGCGUCCUAUCUCAACAAACAGCUCCCUCUCGCCUGGGCCUACAAUCCCCUCACUACCCUAAAACUCAUCUGCAACCUCAGAAGCGUACGUGGCACAGGGAAAUCCGAUAAAGAAGGGUUCUACACUGCGGCGCUCUGGCUCCACAAGAACCACCCCAAAACCCUAGCGUCGAACGCGGCGUCUUUCGCGGAGUUCGGUUACUUCAAAGACUUGCCGGAGAUUUUGUACCGCCUUCUAGAAGGCCAGGACGUGAGGGCGGAGCAAAAGAUGGAGUGGCGGCGUCGGAAAGGGACUAUCCGGAGGCUGGUAGGAAGACGUGGCACUGGACGCCGGAGGAUCGUCAGACGUGGCUUGAAGACAUCAAAACAGGCCGGCGGGAAAGCCAAAACCGCCGCCGCCAGCCGGCAGAAGUUGCCGAAAGAAGUAAGGGAGAAGAUGGCGGCGGAGAAGCGGAGACUGGAGAAGGAGAAAGUGAGCGCGGCGAGGCUGGAGAAGAAGAUUGCAAUGGCUAAGAAGGCGGUGGCUAGAUACCAGCGUGACCCGGAUUACCGGUUCUUUCAUGACCGGGUUUCGGAUCUUUUCGCCGAGUGCCUGAAAGCUGAUAUGGAGAAUCUCAAGAACAAGGAGACUAACAAGAUAGGCCUGGCGGCGAAGUGGUGUCCUUCGCUUGAUUCUUCGUUUGAUCGAGCCACAUUGCUCUGUGAAAGCAUUGCGAGGAAGAUUUUCACACGAGAAUCGUAUCGGGAAUAUGAAGGAGUUGAGGAUGAACAUUAUGCUUAUAGAGUCCGAGACCGGCUGAGGAAGGAGGUGCUGGUGCCGUUGAGGAAGGUGCUGCAGCUGCCGGAGAUUUAUAUGGGUGCCAACAAGUGGGGGGAGAUACCCUACAAGAGAGUGGCCUCAGUCGCCAUGAAGCUUUACAAGGGGAAAUUUUUGAAGCACGAUGAGGAGAGGUUUAAGAAGUAUUUGGAGCAUGUGAAGGCCGGGAAGUCCACCAUUGCUGCCGGUGCGCUGCUUCCGCAUGAGAUCAUAGCCUCUCUGAAUGAUGAGGAUGGUGGGGAAGUGGGUGAGCUUCAGUGGAAUAGAAUGGUGGAGGAUCUAGUGGAGCUUGGGAAACUGAGGAACUGCGUGGCGGUGUGUGACGUGUCCGGAAGCAUGGAUGGGACUCCUAUGGAGGUGUGUGUGGCAUUGGGGUUGUUGGUGUCUGAACUGAGCGAAGAGCCAUGGAAAGGAAAGGUGAUCACUUUCAGUCAGAACCCUCAGAUGCAUUUGAUUCAAGGGGACAAUCUAAAAUCCAAGUGUGAGUUUGUGGAGAAUAUGGAAUGGGGGAUGAACACUGAUUUUCAAAAGGUGUUUGAUUUGAUUCUCCAAGUAGCUGUGAAUGGAAAAUUGAAGCCGGAGCAGAUGAUAAAGAGGGUGUUUGUGUUCAGUGACAUGGAGUUUGAUGAGGCUUCGGGGUAUAGGAGUAGUUAUGGAUAUAGAUAUUCUAGCUAUUCUGAAAGCGAGGAUGAUGAGUCUAAAAACGGAUGGGAGACUGAUUAUGAGGUGAUACAGAGAAAGUUUGAAGAGAAGGGGUAUGGUGAUGCGGUGCCUCAGAUUGUGUUUUGGAAUCUGAGGGACUCACAGUCUGUACCGGUGACUGCAACAACACCAGGGGUGGCUCUGUUGAGCGGUUUCUCCAAGAAUGCCCUCAAACUGUUCUUGGAUGAUGACAUUUCCAAAAUUCAACCAGACCUUGUCAUGGAAGCAGCCAUCUCCGGGGAGGAGUAUCAGAAGCUGGUUGUGGUUGAUUAGUUUGACAUCCUCCAUGCAUGUAAAUUUGAGUUGGCAAUAAUGCUAGACUUUGAGUUUUUUUGCAUUGUGUAAAGCAAGUGAAUUGAAAUAAAAUCAGUGAUUUGAAGC